AUGGCGUCUAGACAAUCACAGAAAAGACUUACAAAGGAAUAUAAGGCUAUCACACUUAAUCCACCCCCAUACGUGAGUGCCAAGCCGAACGACGAAAAUAUAUUGGAAUGGCAUUACGUGAUAACGGGGCCACCUCACACGCCUUUUGAAGAGGGCCAAUACCACGGAAUCUUGCGGUUUCCAUCAGAAUACCCGUUCAAACCACCCUCCAUCUCGAUGAUCACUCCUAACGGGAGAUUUGCAUGCAACACACGUUUGUGUCUCUCGAUGAGCGAUUACCAUCCUGACACCUGGAAUCCAGCGUGGAGUGUGGCCACGAUCUUGACUGGGCUCCUCAGUUUCAUGACCGGCGACGAAUCCACCACCGGAUCGAUCACUACCAGCGACAAUGUCAAGAAAAGACUUGCUCGCUCGAGUAAAGAGUGGAAUAAUGCCGAGAAUCAGCGGUUUACGAAACAAUUUCCAGACUUGGUGGCCCAGAAUAAACUUGAUAUAGCGGACAGAAAUGCUCGCGAGCAGGCCGCAGCCUCCACCAACGCCACAGACCCAGAUAAGCUCUUUGAUGUCCGGGAAAAUAUCGACAUGUUGGACCCCGAGGACAGAGCCAGACUACUCGUCGAGCAGGACGACCAUCUGACUCCAUCAUCCUUCGGCUUACAACGUGUCACCCUUAUUGGUGUAGUGGUGGCAGCCUUCAUUGCAGCCUAUUUCAACUUUUUCAAUCGCACCUAA